GCUGGGCUCCGGCCCGGCAGCAGGAAGUGACUCGCAGCCGCUGCGGUGACUCUGGCUCCCAGGCUCCUGGCGAGAUCCCCGAGCCCCGGCGGCUGGUGCUGGGAGCCCGGAGCCCUGGCUGCAGCCGGGAGAGGGGAAUCUCCAGCAGGGCCCUUCCCGCUGCUCCCCAGGAGCCUCUCCCAGGGCAGAGCCCCCAGCCCGGCCCGGCCCCUGCCCCGGGGGGCCCCGCUCGGAGGGAAGGCUGAGGAAUCACAUCCACGUUACGGUCCAGAUGGACCCGUCUUCCAGGAUGCAGGGAAGGGAAAUGUCUGUGAUGGAGCCAGCUUGGAUGCCGGUGACCUUCGAGGAGGUGGCUGUAUAUUUCACCCAGGGGCAGGGGGCUCUGCUGGACCCCGCUCAGCGAGCCCUCUACAGGGAUGUCAUGCAGGAGAACUAUGAGACGGUGACCUCGUUGGGAUUUCCCAUUCCCAAGCCUGAGCUGAUCACCCAGCUGGAAUGCGGGGAAGAGCCGUGGGUGCCCGAUCUCCAGGCCUGCAAGGAAAGAAUGCUUCCGAGAUGCCCUCAUACAGUGACCAGACUGAGCUGUCCAAGAUGCACUUUCCCAGGGUGCAAGGCUGGGAGUAGAAAACUGGCUGAUGUUGCUGUGUCGUUUGGUGCAGGGUUCAUUCAAUUUAAUGCUGCUAAAUUCGACCUAAACGCUUAGUGUAGACCAGGCCGCCAAAGUUUCAAAAAGUUGAAUGAAUAGAAGACUGUUGGAGGCAUAAUACAUCUAGACAAGGAGAAAAAGUCUGGAGAUAAAUGUGAGAAGUGAGGUACAUCUGCUUUUCUGUUAAAAUAUUAUGUUUGCUGUUGAAGAAAAAAAAUCCAGAACACUUAACGUUGUUAUUUUAGUUAAAUAAAACAAUUUAAAUGUCUGUCUGGUGAUGUUCUCCUCCUAAUACAACAUGGCACGAAUGAUAUAACCAAACAAUGAAAUAACCAAAUGAAAUUAAAUGAAAUGAAAUAACCAACCAAACAUUCAACAUACCUUCUAAAACUGAAACUUAAAUCUAUCUGAGUUGUGAAGAAUAUGUUUUACGGUUAUAACAACCAAC